AGUUCUGUUGAGAAAGACAGUAAAGUUCAGGGGGGCAGAGCGCACAGUCCCCCCCUCCCCCCACACCUCCGCAGCUUUCCUCCCCUUUAUCCAUCUCCUCCGCCACUCAGCUCCUCCUCCGUCGUGGCGCCGACGCUAAGAACUGCUAUGACGAUUCAGAGGCACUGCCGACGGCGGUGUGGCAGAUCGAAUUGGGGCAAAGUCGAUCCGGCAAAGCAUAUAGUCCCCAAUUCUUUGCCGAGCUCUGCUAAAAAAUCGGGGGCGGAGGACGCGGCCACCGGGGUGGCGUCAACGGCGAGCGUCCGACAGGCCGUCGGUCUCAUUCAGUUUUCUGUCGCCCCGCUCUAGAUGAAGGUGUUGUGUUAGCUGAUGGCACGGAGCUCGUACCUGCAACUAUUGACAGAGCAUGUUAGGUACAGGAAUCUUGAAAGGUGACUGGCGAGGUAUCGUACAUCCCAUGGGACAAAAUCAAUUUACCUUCUGGUGUCACCGCUCCGCUGAAAUCAUCCAUCAGGACUGGCUCAACAUUGUCUAUUCCGAGGUCAUAUGAGGGAACCUCUGUGUUAAGCGCUGCAUUAGGGCCAUAAACCCAUUGCCUCCCAUCUGCUGAUUUGGCCUGAAUUGGCAUUUGUUCAUGCACCACAGUGUCAUUGGUUACUUCAUUGUCUUGGUCUGCUGCCGCGACCAGUUCUUCCAGAUUCUUAAUCGCCGGGACAAAUGGCCGAACGUGGUGAAAAUGGCGACUCUUCUCCGGACUCUUCAGGUGAGACAUCAUCACCUGUAUCGUCAAUACAAAGCAAAUCGAGCCAACUCUACCCCUGAGCUGUUCACCGGCCAAGCAAUUAUGGAUCCGCGCCCCAACCCAUCUGGUACAUCGUCCAUCAAUACCACUCCAUCGUCUCUAAGGCCCCUAACUAUUAAGAUGCUGCUUGAUUCUUUCUUCGAGGACACUGAACGCUAUCCAUUGAUCAUCGACGGCAUGCCAGUGUCAUCGGUGGAUCUGAUAGGCAUGGUCAGAAACAAAUCACUUAGCAUGGAUCACUGCACGUUUGACCUAUAUGAUGGCACUGGGUCCGUUAAUGUAUACUUCUGGUUUGAUGGCCGUCAAGACUCCAAGGAUGCUUGGUCGUUCAACGAAGGCAUGUAUGUACGUGUUGUUGGGAGGGCUACCAGUUUGGAGCAAUUUUUCCAAAUCAAAGCCUACAUGGUCAGGACCGAACUUCAAUGAUAUAACCCAUCACUUUAUCUACUGCAUCAAGGCCCAUAUCGAUAUUUCUAAGCAGAGCAGACUAAAGCUUCAGGAAAAUUCCGUUGCCACCCCGUCAGCAUCAACCGUCAUGCCAAGGUAUCAGAUUGCUCCGAGCCAGAUACCAGAAGAUUGCAGCCUUGAGGACAAGAUAUUUUCCAUUUUGCGCGACCCAGCAUACCGGAAAGUAAUAACAGAGCAAAUCCGACUCGGUGAGAUGUACACUACUAUCGAUGAACGCCAUUUGAAGUCUUCAAACUGAAGGCGUUCAUUGUAUCGUCGUAAUGCUAUGGGUGAUACUUCAUUUUGUCACCAGCCCCAACGCCCCCCUUGCAGAUCUGCUGGUUUCAGUCUAAUUAAGCCCAUAUUAUUUUGUAAUAAUAAUUAUCAACUAAGUACUAUUAUCUUGCUAGGGCUAUUUGUACCCCAUUGGGAAGGAUUAUUUUUGCACUUCAUUGCUCCACAUGUUUGUGUAAAGAUGUAAUCCCACUCCUUGAUUACUCUGGUUCUACAGAUAGUGCUACUAUUCCCUACUCAUUGCUCGCUCCCCCAUUUGCAACACACAGCCACACUACCAACUCCUGUUCACUCUUGUUUCCUCUCCAUUCACCUUCUGUUCCCUCCUGUUUCCUCUCCAUCCAGCUACCAACUCCCACCCUCGCUUGUUCAUGUCCAGCAUCAUUCCCACAUCGGUUCUUGACAAUGACAACCUUCUGGUAGAAAUCCUUACUAGGCUAUCAUGCACCCGUUCACUUAUACGCAGCUCAGCUGUUAAUCCCCAAUGGAUGUCUGUAUCUAGAUCUCAGUCUUUCCUUCAGGCCUAUUCUCGUCGCAAUCGCCCGGCAGUGCUCGGAUUCUUGGCAGAGUUCGAGCGUGGUUAUAGUCUCCAUUUUCGUGUCGUGGAUGCAUUAGCUUUUCAAGGUGAGUCGACUAGAGCUCUGGUUCGUUCCCGUAUAGAUGAUUAUUCCCUAUCACGGAAACGCAUACUAGCAUCUGAAUCUGGUGAGCUGCUAGUAAGUAUUAUCAACCCUCCCUUCGUUUCCUCUGAAACGGGCGAGACUGUCGUCGAUGGCUACUACACCUUGUUCCCUAGCUCGUUUCCACCAGUAUACUACUUUGUUGCGUCUCGUAUCCCUCGAGUCCCUCGCAUGCAUGGCCAGCACACCCCAAACUUUUACGGCCAAUUUGGCAUUCUGCCAGCAGCCGGUCAGACCGGGUUCUCUUUCUUUGUCAAGGACGCAGCCGGCCCUUUUCUGAAAACUUACGAUGGUAUUAAAUUUAGGUCCAAAUCUGAUUUCCACGUACAUGUAUGUGUUUUCAGAGGUGGGGUUUGGUCAAGAUUUGUGUCGGCUCCUUUUGAAUAUCGUUCUCCUUGCAUCUUUCACUUAGAUCCUUACUCCGUUUUAGCCGGGAGCUCAUUAUACAUGAUGUAUGUCGUGGGCAUGAUAGUCUGUUUCGACAUUCCUAGCUCUACAUUCACUGUUAUCCAUCUACCAAUAUCAGCCAGGUCCUGUUUUUUCGACUACAGUGUUUCCCUAAACGAGUCUGGCAUCUUGUCUCUUGUUAACUGUUCCCAUGGCUUGCUCGCUGCUUCAACUAGUACACGACCGCUUGCAGUGGAGCUGUUGCUCAAGAUUAGAUUUAGUAAAGGCAUUUUCUAGCAGGGGUGGACCUAUCAUAUGGCAGUCUACGUUUAGCAUGGAGUACGGGGAGGUUGGCCCUGGUGAUUUCUACUCCGUUCAGAUCAGAUCAGCCAGCAAGAACUCAUCAGUUGUUCUGCUAACCUUCGCAUUCGACCAUGGCAUGUUUGUCGUGGACACUGUUAACGGCACUGUUAAUGAGGUUCACUGGUUGCCCGAGGAUGGAAACAUGAGGCAAGCAUUCCCCUUGACAGAGCGUUGGCCACCGACUUUCCGUGACUGAAGACUCCGCCACUGUUUGUUCAGCAACUAUCAUGGUCCAACCAUUAUGUUGUGUAUGUAAUGGGAUCCUUGUGUCCAUGAUGCUAUUGUAUUGCAUUUGUAAUGGACUCGGUGUGUCCAUGAGACUAUGAUUUUGCAUUUCCCCCCUGUUUGUAACAGAUGAACAAUUGAGGAACCAUAAUCUAUGUAUCGGUUUA